GCUCGGCCCAUGUUUUGAUGCGUCAAACGGAUGCGGACAGAACAAAUUCCCCCCAAAUUCUAAAUCUAGGGUUCUCUCUCCUGCGCUCUCUUGUGCGAUCUGAAAAUAUUGAAUUGGCUAUGGAUGACAAGGGUCGUAUGUUCCCCUCUCAUACACGCACCUGGGAUUGUGCAGAACCCGAGUUGAAGAAGAAGAGGCUCGAUGGAAGCGACGGGGACAGCAACAGCGAUGGGAGCAGCGGCGGCAGCAACAGCUAUGGAAGCGGCGGCCGCGGCGGCGUCAGCCACAGCACCGUAUUCAUUGGGAACGAACAGGACGAUGAGUACUUUGAGGAGCACAAGCACUUGCUUGAGCCAGAACACUACGAGAAGUGGACUCAGGAGGAAAAACGACAAUACGGACGCUACAUUCACCAGCUUGGUCUCUCUAAUUGCUAUUAUCUCGACUUUUUCCCAACAAUUAUCUCUGGGUAUGGGGCUAGACCCAUCGAUUUCAGCAAUGAGGAUUAUGAAGAGUAUUCUCUCGAGGUCAAUAGGUGCAUCGAGGUUGCUCUGGGAAAGCAAAAGGAGGAGGAACUGGAAUUGGUUGACAUAGUGAGGGCCAUUCUCUCUACCGGUUAUGGGUCUCUGUAUUGGAUAACUAUGGAUGUCAGGAAUAAAUGUACCGGAGAAAUCAAAACCUGCAUUUGUAAAGUACACCAUGGAGUUAAGGGUGGAGCUGAGGAUGAUAUGAUCGUCGAACAUUUCAAGUUUAUCCCUUCUAACUUUAAAUAUAUGCAAGGCAACCUUUUUUUGAUGCGUUGGAUUAAUUUAUAGAAUAUGAAUGUGUCCAGCAUCAUCAUUAGUUUAGAAUUUAGAUGGGUUCCUUGUUCUUUGUGGAGUUUUUAUGAUUACACAUAAUGUUGCAAACCUAGUUGUACAUCUCACAUUAGUUUUGUUUUCUUAAUCCUACGCUUUCAGCAUUUAU